UGUUUGUGGACACGUGCAACGCAUGCACUGUUACUAGUUAUACAAAACAGAACACCCACAAACUACACCCGAACAACAGCCAAAUGUGUAGCACUCUCGACACGAUAUCAACCGGUGGUCUUCCUCAAUGAAACAAGCUCGGUGACGACCAAGUUGACGUCCGUAUGCAUCAAUCUUCCUCCGGUAAAGAGCCCGCCCCUGCAAGCUGCAACAACACGGUCGGGUGAACCUGCGAUUUGGAUCAGUGGGCUAUCAGAAAACCAAACCAUCGCCAGUGCGCAACAUGUCACCGCCCAGACAAAUGGGCCGAGGCGCAAAUCCAAAUAGGACCUUGAUAACAACCGUCUGAUCCACAUUGUCCAACCUGAAAACACCCGUCACAGCAAAAGACCAUUCCCUUGGCCAUUUCUUUUCUCAACUUGUUCUCUGCAGGAACUCUGUCCUGAAUCACUUACCACGCAAACAACUCUGUUCUUCAAUGGAAUCCCAAGCCCCCAAAGCAUUUGCACACGAGUAUCAGCCACUCGAUCCCCUGAAAGUCAAAGCUCGAACCAUAUAUACUUAGCAGUUUAUAUCUUAUAAUCUUGUUAAGAGCGAGCUCCCAAAACAACAGAAUCAUCUUGUCUAGUAAGGCAAAAUCUCCCACAAAAUGCUCACCAGUUCAGACCAUUCCACCAACUCGAGAUUCCGCACGGAUGCAGCUGGACACUUGCUUUGCUUGUCCACAUACCUCCAUCAAACUAGAUAAGCAUGCCACACGUAUGCUCAAUUAUGUAAUCUGUCUGGACUAUUUACUUUGAAGACAACCCUCUUUUUAUAUUGUUUAUUAAAAUAGUCUUCAUAAAGAUCUAAGGUAGAUAAACCUCAUGCAUGCUAGGCCUAGUAUUUUUCAUGGACUCUGUACCACCAUAUCCCUCAUUCAAUUCUAGCCACAUAAUAAGGAUCCAAUUGUUCAAAUAUGAGGUUUGCGAAAAGCAUAGGUACUUGUAGAGAAAAUUAAAUAGUUAUUCAUCCAAUUUCAGGAAAAAUAUAGAUACUUAUUUGUCAAACUCAACUCUAUAUGUCCUCUUUUUUCCCCCAAUCAUCAUCCCCUGGUCCCUUAGUCACUCUAACCCCAGGCGUAGCUACUGCCAAUGAUGUAUUAUCCAUCCUGUAGAUAUUCGACCUCGUUUUCACUGGCAACUAGCAUCUUCGGCUAUCUCAUCAGGUGGGAUCUUGUUCAGCAAUCGCCGCACCAAUAAGCAAGAACAGAGGACAGUACACAAAAUCAACUUUGUCUGCUAAUUCUCAGAAUCUCUGCAACAAUGCCUUAUUCCAGUAUUCUUGCUUGAUACAAUUGUUCUUGGAAUAAUAUAGCAACGAAGAGAAACUCUCACACAUUUGAUCUUGACAGACAGAAAUCAGCAAUGCUUUACCCAGCCCAGCUAUUUAACCACCUAUGUCUUGCACUGAUAGCUCUGUGUUUGUUUCCUGUGGUGUCUGAAGGCACGGACAUGCAACUGAGCUGUGGCACCGCCAGCAAUUCUAGUGAUUCCCAUGGCCGAACAUGGUAUGGGGAUGCUAACUAUGGGUUAGAUUUUCCUGGCUUUUCAGCCAAGGCAUCAUACCAGCACCCUUCACUUCCUUCCCCGGUACCUUACAUGACUGCUCGCAUCCUCACUUCGAAUUUCACAUUUCCUUUUGGGGUUGACCCUGGCCGCAUGUUCCUUCGGCUCUACUUCUAUCCAACUUCUUACGGUGAACGUUCUGCUGCAGAUGCAUUGUUUAGUGUCAGUGCAGGGAUCCAUAGACUUCUAAAUGACUUCAAUCCAGCCCAGACUGCUAAUGCCAUGGGUCGCACUUACCUCAUCCGUGAAUACUCCUUGAAUGUUACUUCAGCUGUUCUUAAUGUCACAUUUUCCCCAUCACCACACCAUGCUGGGUCUUACGCGUUUGUGAAUGGCAUUGAGGUUGUGACCACUCCUGAUAUUAUCACGAUACCGGUGCCAAGAUUUGUGAAUGGUGGGAACCCAGAUCUGAUCCCGAUUUCCUCUAGCAUAGGCCUUGAAACAAUGUACCGUCUUAAUGUUGGGGGUGCGACUCUCCCUGGGCAAUACGAUUCUGGUUUUUACCGCUCAUGGGAAGACGACUCCCCCUACAUAUAUGGAUCUUCAAUUGGUACGGCUUUUUUCAAAGACAGUGAUGUAACAAUCAGUUACCCGCUUACCAUGCCGGAUUACAUAGCACCGGUGUAUAUCUAUCAGACAGCAAGAUCUAUGGGGCUGGAUUCACCUCACAACAUGAGGUACAAUCUUACAUGGAUUUUGCCUGUCGAUGCGGGGUUCUACUAUCUUUUGAGGUUCCAUUUCUGUGAGAUUGCAUAUCCAAUAACCAAUGUAAACCAGAGGAGUUUCUCCAUAUACAUCAACAACCAAACAGCAGUGGAGCAGAUGGAUGUCAUUCUUUUGAGCGGAGGAAUCGGUAUACCAUUUUACACCAACUACGUCGUUGUCACAGUUGGUCAUGGUCAGACAGAUCUGUGGCUAGCCCUCCAUCCUGAUCUCAGCAACCGUCCACAAUAUUAUGAUGCAAUUCUGAAUGGCCUGGAAGUCUUCAAGCUACAGGAUAACAGCAAUAAUAAUCUUGCUGGUGUCAACCCUACACCCAAGCAAAAUCGUGAUGGGGCAGCAUCUCAUGGUCAAGAUAAAACAAAUGCUAGAAUCCCAGCAAUCAUUGGAGGUGGAGCUGCUUCUGGUGUCUUGGCUUUGUUGAUUUCUAGUUUCUGCAUUUAUGUUAUGUACAGGUGGAAGAAAACUAACUACACUCAUGGCAAAACCAAUGGGAAUCCUCCCAACGGAGAUAGAGAAUUGCUAUUGGCCACCUCGCACUCGAAGGAUUUGAAGCUUUGCCACCACUUCUCGUUCAAGCAAAUCCAAGAAGCCACCAAUGACUUCGAUGAGACCCUUGUCCUUGGCAAAGGUGGGUUUGGGAAUGUAUACCAAGGUCAGAUAGCUGGUAGGAAGAAGGUGGCAAUCAAGCGUGGUAACCCGCUAUCCCAGCAGGGCAUUCAGGAAUUCCGGAAUGAAAUCGAAAUGUUGACCAAUCUCCGGCAUCGGCACCUUGUGUCACUGAUUGGCUAUUGCGAUGAAGAUUUCGAGAUGAUCUUGUUAUAUGAUUACAUGGCCAAUGGGACACUUCAGGAGCACCUGUACAAGACGACUAAACCACCAUUAGCAUGGGAGCAGCGCCUUGUGAUAUGCAUUGGAGCCGCACUGGGGCUGCACUACCUGCACACCGGUGCAAAGAGGGCCAUCAUCCACCGUGAUGUAAAGAGUACUAACAUUCUGUUGGAUGACAAGUGGGUGGCAAAGGUUUCCGACUUUGGAUUGUCUAAGGCUAGUGCAGACGUGGACAAUACCCAUGUGAGCACGGUUGUGAAAGGCACCUUUGGGUAUCUAGAUCCUGAGUACUUCCGUCGGCAGCGACUCACCAACAAAUCAGAUGUGUACUCCUUUGGGGUUGUUCUGUUUGAGGUUCUGUGCGCGCGUCCAGUAAUAGAUCCUGAGCUUCCCGAUGAGCAAGUUGGCUUGCGUGAGUGGGCUCUGUCUUGCCAGAGGAAAGGUGUGCUCGGCGAGAUCAUCGACCCCUAUCUUAUGGGCAAAAUCACCCCCCAGUGCUUCAGAAAAUUUGCAGAGACUGCAGAGCAAUGUGUUUCUGAACAUAGCGUCGAUAGGCCAUCUAUGGGUGAUGUUCUGUGGAGCCUCCAAAUCGCACUACAGCUGCAGGAGGAGGACUGCAACCACUCUGAGGAGACACCAUUGUUGAACAGGUCAUCGCUGGUGACCACCGGGGUGCGACCAUCUUCAGGUUCAACAAUGAGCAUCUCAGGACAGAAAGCUGUAUUCUCAGAGAUCAUGCAUCCAGAUGGCCGAUAAGACGAAAGUCCUAUACUUUCAGGACUUUUAGUUAUGAUCUGCUGAUUUUUGUGAAGCUGGUAGAUUAAGAUUUACAGCUGGAUUUGCCCCUUAUGUACUAGCAGGUGUGCUGUUUAAAAGAUUCAUAAAUCUGUCCGCGCACUGUACAUUCUGAUUAUGUUCCUAAUUGACAAUAUUGUAAGUUAUUGAAUUGAUAUCUGUACUACCGAUAUGUACUAUGAUGCAGCUCAAUCUUUCCGUAA